AUGGAUCACCAUGUUUUAUGGCCAUGGGAUGUCUUGCAUUUCCUCUACCGGGAGAACCGACUGGAGAAGUGGGUGUACGACCCUCCCGAGCUCGCAUCGGCUCGUGUCAAGGAGUACUGGCAAAAUGUACGACAUCUGGAAUUCUUCCAGAAGCUGGAACUGGAGGAAGAGGAUUUUGCCACAUGCAUACCGAUAUCUUGGCACACGGAUGGUGUCAAAAUUUACAGAUCUCAAAAGGCAUGGGUCUACUCAUACGCUGCUUGUACUCGCAAGGGACCCUCGCUGGAAAGCAAGCUGCUCUUUAUGUUGUUUCGCGACUGUCAAAUGGUGAAACCAGACACCCAUGAUGAGACCGGGCUACUGGUGGCAUGGUGCAUGGACGUAUUGAGGACUGGAAAUUUUCCAGAGUGCCAAUAUGGCGGAGCUCCAUGGCCAGACGGUAGUCUGGAGGCGAAACGGGCAGGGAUGCCAUAUGCCGGCGGGUGGAAAGCUGCCUUUGCAGCCUUCAAGGCUGAUCUGGAGGCGCGGGCCAUGGUGCACAAGAUGGUUCGCAAUUGGGCCAGCAACUCGAUCUGCGAGCACUGCUUAGCAUCCAAAGUGGCUGGGCUCACUUUUGGUGACUUUACCGAAACUGCGGCGUAUCUUAACUACCAGCUCUCGCACGACGAAUUCCUCGAGCUCAACCCGCCGGAUCGACAGUCCACCUGGAUUCAUGUGAAAGGCUGGACGAAGGACCGAAAUUUAGAUGGAAUCGGCCAGCACAUGGUUGCUAGCUUGGUCUGCGACCACUAUGAACAGAUGCACGGGCCACUGACGCUCAAACAGCUGGACAGCCUGCUGCGAUUGGAUGCGUGGCAACACUACAAGUCUUUCUGCCGGGCGAAAGGCAAAUCUGUUGCUUCCUGCAGCAUGCAAUUUAACUUGUGCCGCUUUGCCCGAGAGAGUUGGCAAAGUUACCCCGAACUCGCUAGUUGUUAUAAGGCUGCGGUUGUGAAGUCCAUGCUGUACUGGGUUGCAACGUUUCUGGACGAAAGAAAAGAUGCUGGAUCGCCAAGCUCGAUCUUGCGGGCGGACACUGCGUAUGCAAUGGCACAAUUCCAAUUUAUACAGGACACCCACGGAGCCUGGUUUGACCUUGACACGGCCAAUCAGGCAGCUGGGGCAGGUCGACGGUUUUUGGUUUUGUACCAGCAACUGGCACUUUUUGCCAUGCGUGCCAACCGCAAGAUCUACAGAUUGACCCCAAAAUUCCAUUGUUUGCUACACGUCACACUUCGUCUUCCGCGUGAGAAGAGAAACCCGCGCUUCGACCAUUUGUACAUGGAAGAAGAUUACAUGCGCCACAUUGGUCGGAUUGCAUCCCGCACCCAUGCUCGGACGAUGGGUUAUAUAUGUUUGCUCCGCUACCGUGCUCUGCUCGAGAUGUACGGCCUCGGAAAGUAUGAGGAGUCUAAGCGUCCGCAUCGCUUCUUGAAGCACUCCAGAGCCACUCAGCAAAAGAUAUUGCUUGAGCCUUGUUAG